AUGUGGAAGUUCCCAAGGACUCGUUACACGGACUCUAACGGCUCAGAGGCGAGCGAGGAGACGGAGAUUGCUCUAAACAUCGGUGGUGUCAAGCACAUUCUCUACGGGGACGUCCUGAAUCGAUAUCCCGAGACACGUUUGGCGGAGCUGGUGAACCGCUCCACGAAUUCCGCACAAGAAGAUCUCUCUGCGCUCUGCGAUGACUACGACGAAUUAAAGCGAGAGUUUUAUUUCGAUAGAGAUCCAGAGGCUUUUAAAUGCAUCCUAGAGCUGUACUACUACGGAGAGAUUCACAUGAAGCGAGGAAUCUGUCCCAUUCGCUUCAAGAGAGAGAUGGACUAUUGGGGGAUCGACAAGGAACAUCUCAAUGAAGGGUGUAAAAGCAAUUUGAAUGAUAUGGAAACCGAGCUGGCGAAAAUAGUUGAAAGGGCCAAGGGCAUCCUGGACGCCCUGAAGGAGGACGUGACGGUGACUAGACUCCAGAGGUGCCAAGCGUUCCUGCGGAAACUCAUGGCCGCGCGCGUAUUCUCAGUUGUGUCUAUCGCGUUCAUCCUGCUCUCCUCUGUGAUCAUGUGUGUGAGCACCAUCCCGGAGCUCCAAGUGCAAGAUGCCGUGGGUAACCUGGUAGAAAACCCGAUCAUUGAUUGCAUCGAGACGACUUGCAUCAUCUGGUUCACCGUGAAAUAUAUUUUGCGCUUCUUUUGCUCUUCGAACAAAUUGCGCUUUCUGAUUUCCUUCUUGAAUAUAAUAGACUUUUUAACCAUCAUGCCUUUUUACAUAGUGUUGCUUCUGGGUACUGCCAUGAUGGGGCUGGGCAGCGUCCAGCAGGCAGUGCAGUCGUUGCGAGUCAUGCGAAUUUCGCUGCGCAUCAUGCGUCUUGCGCGCGUCUUCAAACUCGCGCGCCAUUCAUCAGGUCUGCAAACUCUCGCAUUAGCGCUUAAAUUCAGCCUGAAAGAGCUGGGUCUGAUAUUCUUGUAUAUAAGCGUGGGGAUUUUCUUGUUCUCGGCGCUGGGAUACACAACAGAGCAGAGCCAACCGGAAACCUUGUUCACCAGCAUCCCACUGUCCUUCUGGUGGGCCAUCAGUUCUAUGUCCACAGUGGGUUAUGGAGACAUUUACCCUCAGACCACGCUAGGCAAGUGUAACGCCGCUGUCAGUUUUAUGUGCGGUAUCUUAGCUAUUACUUUGCCACUUAACCUGAUCAUUAACAACUUCGUCACUAUUUACAAUAAGCAGUAUGAGCUUGAAAUCACUGUUAAGCAUGAGAUCGAACUCAUGGCGUUACACGCGGAGGAUGAAGCGCAGGAGUGUCAGGAGGCUGGAAAAAUGCCAUCAGCGGCUUCGGUUAGCAACCAUUCGGUGUGGGAUAGUGCUGGUGUGACCGCGUAACGAAGUAACAUACCGCGUUACUUGUUACAGUCUUAAAGUGCAAGAACAAAUAGAGAGUGAUUCUUUAUCAACUUCAAAAUAAACGUAGGAAAUAAAACCUAUCAAUAUAAACAGUUUACUGUGAUAUCUAUCUAUCUAUCUAGUGGCUAUGAAGUAAUCCAUCUUUUGUUUGAAACCACUUUGGCAACAGGUGCAUCUUUUUCUGCAGCCGAAGAAAUACUUUAAUACCUUAAAACUUAGGCCUAUCUAAUUUGUAAUCCAUACUGAAAUUAUAAAUUCCCAACACUGCAGUUGAAAUUUUAUGUGGAAGUCAUUGGGAUGAAAUAAAACAUUUUUAACAAUUCAAA